GGAGAUAGAGGUCAUUGAAGAAAUUGUCAAGGACAUCUACCAUAGAUUACAUGUACCCAUAAGGAGUCCUCUGCCACUACUUAUUGGCAUGGACUACUCUAUUACAUUUGUGACUUCAUGGUUGAAAGAUGUGUCCUCACAUACCACAAACAUACUCACUAUUUUGGGUAUGGGUGGGAUUGGGAAGACAUCUUUAGCCCAAUAUGUUUAUGGAUUACAUCGUUGUGAAUUUGAGGCAAGCAGCUUUAUUGGAAAUAUCAGUAGGAGAUAUGAGCAAAAUUUUAGUGGCUUGCUUGAGUUACAAAAGCAAUUAUAUGAUGACAUUUCAAAGCCAAUUCCAAUUCAAGUUCAUGAUGCUUCUAUAUACACCUUAAAGAUAGAGAAUGUUGUAGCACGUAAAAAGGUGUUUCUAGUUCUAGAUGACAUUGAUAGUAUUGACCAGUUAGAUGCGUUGCUUGGAAGCAAAUGUUUUCAUCCGGGAAGUAAAAUCAUAGUAACUACAAAGGAUUCAUGGUUGACAGAGAGCUGUGUCCAAUUCAAAACGAGCGUUAAACCCAACCAUGUAAAGCACUUGCUUCAAGGCUUACGUGAGAAGCACUCACAAGAACUUUUUUGUUUUCACUCAUUCAUGUCUAAGGAUCCAAAGGAAGGUUAUGAAGAGGUAUCGGAGAAGCUUGUGAAGUAUUGUGAAGGCCAUCCAUUAGCUCUUGAGGUUUUGGGCAAGUCUCUAUAUAAUCGAGAUGUAGCUUAUUGGGAAGAAUGCAUAGAAGGGCUAGAGAAAGAGCCAAUAUCUAGAAUAAAUAGUGUCUUGAGAAUGAGCUAUGAUGCUUUGCCAUCAAAAAAUGAUAAGGACUUGUUUAAACAUAUUUCUUGUUUUUUUGUUGGAAUAGAUAUAGAUAUUGCUCAAACAAUAUUAAAGGCAUGUGGUAUAAACACAAAAUCUGGUAUUACAAAUCUCAAAGAUAGAUGCCUUCUUAGUGUUGGAUGGAAUAACAAAUUGAGUAUGCAUGGCUUGAUUCAAAAGAUGGGAAGAUUCAUAGUAAAUCAAGAAUCACCGGACAAGCCAUGGAAGCGAAGUCGAUUAUGGUGUCAUGAGGAGUCAUUCAAAGUGUUGAAACAAAAAAAAGGUAAAGGAAAUCUUCUGGGUCUUGCCUUUGACAUGCGAAUGCUUGAGAAAGAGAAGUUACAUGCAUCAUUUGAGAUGAAAACUGAUGCACUGUGUAAUAUGGAUAAUCUCAUGCUACUACAACUCAAUUAUGUGCAAAUCAAUGGAUCUUACGAGAACUUUCCAGAAGAAUUAAGAUGGUUGUGCAUGCAUGGGUCUCCUUUGAAGUCUAUACCUUCAGACUUACGGAUGGUGAAUCUAGUUGCCCUCGACAUGUCAUAUGGGAAUAUUGAAUCACUUGGCAUGUGUGAUAGUAAUCAGCAACAACUUAAGAGCAGGCAAAACUCGAGUGGAUUGUGCGGAAAAGAAAAAAUGUUUCUUGGAUCAUUGACGAUUCUUAAUUUAAGCUUCUGUAAACAACUUCGUUGUCUAAGUGGCUUUGAAGAACUCCCUGCACUUGAGAGAUUAAUACUUAAAAAUUGUAUUGGUUUGCUCGAGGUUUGUGAAUCAAUUGAGCAAUGUGUUGAACUUGCCCUCAUUGAUCUAAGCUACUGCAACAGGCUUGAAAAACUUCCAAGAACCUUACGCUUUUUAAAGAAGGUUAAAACGCUAUUGCUUGAUGGUUGUAAUUUCGGUGAAGCUCAAGUCAAUAUUGGGGAUUUGGAUUCACCCCAAAUUCUCAAAGCUAACAAAAGUUUUAUAAACACAAAAUUCUCUCCAUUGGCCGUUAUGGAGUCUAUACCAAGGGGUUUGAAGUUCUUUGCAAUUUUUUUACCAAGCUCUUUAGUAAGAUUGUCUCUUGCAAGUAAUAAUUUAUCCACAAAAUCCUUUCCCACAGAUAUGAGUUGCCUAUCCAUGUUAAAAUAUUUAUGUUUAGAUGUCAAUCCUAUCAUUUCCAUGCCCAAUUGUGUAAGAAGCCUUCCUAGGCUUGAGAUACUUACUAUGAGAAGAUGUAAAUUUUUAGUGUCAGUAGAGCAUCCUCCACAUACACUAAGAAGCUUAAUUCUUAAUUCUGAAUAUAUAUAUCUAAAUAUAAGCCUCUUCUGCGAAAACUUUUAUUUGAUCCAAAAAUGUCCCCUCUCGUAUUCUCCACAGAUUGGUGUACAUAUGCACCUUCUUCGUUUGAAUUUGAAGGCAUGGUAAAAAUCCAACCAAUGGCAGAUGUUGAGAAAAAGUUAUUAUGUAGAUUGGGUUGGACUAAGAUAGACUCCUAUAAUGAAAGGCAUGUGGGAACAAAGUAUAUGGAUAGAGGAAGAGAGGAAUCUGAAAUCCAGAUGUAUUAUGAAUUUGGAGUAUUCAGCACAAUUUAUGGAGGAAAAAAGAUGCCGAAUUGGAUUACGCAUUGCAGUAAUGGGAAAUCAAUAUCAUUUACUGUUCCAUCAUCUCCCAACAAACUCAUAGGGUUGAAUUUCUGCUAUGUGCGUACACCUGCAUUCCAAAAUAAUAUGUUUGGAUAUAUACUUGAUCAUGAUGAGUUCAUAUAUUUGCCAUUGAUCGUAAUAGAAAAUAUAACAAAGAACUGCACUUGGAUGUAUCAACAUUACAUUGAUAAAGUCGAAGUUGGUGGAAAGAGUUUGACGUUGUUAAGCCAUUGGAUGUUUGGGGUGAAUGAGAUGGAAAGUGGUGACCAUGUUACUAUUAAUGUGUCAGAGAAAACAUAUGACUAUGAUAUUCCACUCAUAAAGGAGUGUGGGGUGAGUUUUGUGUAUGAUGAUGGAGAAGAAAAAGAAGAAGAAGAUGUGUUGGGUUAUUACAAGUCAUGGAAUCAUAUCAUUGGUGGAGAUCUCACUGCAGUUCAGUUAUCAGCAAGAGGAUACUAUCUAAAGCAUAACCGAUUUAUUUUAGGUAUUCAAGGGAACUUUAAGGCAUUCUGUUGAAGGAAGUUUGGCACACAGGAGGAUGUCUUCUACGCCAGUGAUUGGGAAGAUUGCAGCUUUUGGUCAGCAACACUGAAACAAAUGAAGAACGCCAUUCAACAUCAAUGCCUAUUAUUUCUAGAACGUUGGUUGUAUGGAGUUUUUAUUUAUAUACUCUCAUGUCCUAUAAUUUAAUUUUGAUGUGCUUUAUAUUUGAAAGCAAUUAAAGAACUCAGAGGGUUUUCCCAUACUAUGGUUUUAUUUGGGUACACAAAUAGAUUUGUUAACAUGGUUAGUUGAUAUAAUU